AAUACACCUAAUAGACCUAGGAAAUUGAAAAAACAUCUUCCUGAUCAAUCACGUCAAAAGAUGUAAGGGAAAUACUUAACAGAUACAUAUAACUCAUAUUACGACACUAAUCGUUAGAAAAGCCUGUAACUUUUCGCUGGCUACCAAAAUGGGCGCUACAGUGACGCCAUAGUCGCUAGCAAGAAAUCCAAGUGAAUACUUUUCAAUUAUCGACAAAACCCAGAACCCCAGAGAAAAACCACUGUUCGGGAACAGAAAACCCUUAAAAUUAGGGUUUCAGGGUCUAAAUCGAUGUCGACGGAGAGGCCGAAGGAGGCGAACAUGCAGGUUGUGAUGGCGGCGGAGAAGCAGAAACCGGGUCUUCCGCCGCGUCAUCCAAUGUCCUUGGCACCGGCGAUGGUGGCUGGGGGAUCCACGGCGAUUGUGGAGUACACUGGUCCGGUGUUCGAGGAAGAGGAGGAGGAUCUGGAGGUUAAGCUCAGACGUAUUAUAGAAAACGUUCCUGUCCGCGUCAGUAACACGUCCGGUAGUUCUGCGGGUUCGGGCUCUGGUGACUUCCACCAGUAUCGGCAGAUGAGACGGAAAGAGCAAGACCGGCUUGCAAGGAUGGAUGCUGACUACCAAAAAAGGAAAGAGCUGGCAGAAUUCAAUAUGAGAAGAGAAGAGAGAUUGAAAGCCACAGAGGAACGCACAGCCAAAAAACGUUUGAAACGCCAAAAGAAAAAGCAGAGAAGGAAGGAGAAAAAGAGUAAAGUAAACAACGAAGUAGCGGAGCAGCAGAAAGAAGCUUCAUCAGAUGAGGAGGAAUCUGAUGAUGGGGGCGGAUGCUGCUAAAUGAGUAUGCCUUUUUUUUUUUUUUUUUUUUUUUUUUUUUUUUUUCCCUCUACUUCUUGCUCUAUUUGACUUCCCAUCGGCGUGUCCAUGGAACUUGGCACAUUUUAAUUAGCCCUUUUUUUAGUUAGCUUGAAUAGAUUGAAGCAGGAUUCAUAGUCCUUGUACCCGAGCUAUAGUUUAACACUAGAUGACAAUGAAAAACGAAAU